AUGGAAACCCGUCAUCGAGCUGCACAGCCAGAACAACCCCCCAAGCAAGCUGCAUACUCUCAAGCAGCAAACCCAGUCUCCCAUACUCCCCAGGAACAGCGAGAAUCUGCGCCUACAGAAAGACAUUAUGGUGAUGCACUCGGCUCUAUUACUCGACGAACCGCUAAUUCCCAGCCAUCAAACGAUGCCGCUCGCGCUCGCCUCGAUGAGGAACAUAAGCAGGCAAAGCGAGAAAUGCAAGACUCCCCAGAUGUCGAUUUAGAGUACGGAGUUGAGCAACAACCCGCAGAAGGCUACAUCGCGGACUCUGUCGAGCGCAAGGGAAUGGGUUUGCGCCGCGCCCAAGCUGGUGCGCAUGCUGGUCCCGUUGGCAGUGCUGCCGGCCCCGGACACCCUGGAUUUGGAGAGCAGGAGGAUCUUGCGAGGAACCUGGACCAGAAGCGGGUGGAACAUGACCGCAUAUUGGGUGAUCGGAUCGGGCGCAGCCCUGCAGGGCCUGAAUACGAUGUUGCUGACCGGCAGGCGGUCCGCCAGCGGCAUCUAGCACGAAAAAACGAGAUAGAUGUGGAGGAGGCAGUUAAAGAUACAUCAGGAUCAUCUGUAGCGCAUUGA